UUUUUCCCCUCGUCCCCCCCUCCACGUUUUGCUGUUUGUUUUUUCUACAUGAUGAAAUACAGUCACAUUAUGGCGUAUAUUUACCCUUUAGUAGCUUGUAUUAAAUUCAUAUUGGGUGGAGAACAUUUAUUGAUGUCUAGUAGUUUUGGUUAUUGUAUGUUUAUUCGAAUACGCGCUCUUACGUGCAUUAAAACAAACACAUACAUAAGUGAACAAACUGCCAUCAGAAACUGGAUGUAUUUAUGCAAAUGAGGUUUUAUAAAAAUCCCCUGAUCGUCUUUAAUCACCAGUUCACUUUCUUGAAUUUAGUUUUGCUGAGGUAGACACUCUGUGUGUGGCGGUCCUCUUCCCAUCAACUUUUGGCUGGUGGCAGUAGUACAGUAGAAGACCAACACUCCAGCUUCCAGAGAGUUUGACCAUUAUUCGGAGUUGUGAUAAGCCCCGUCCCUCUGGUUCAAGUCUAUUGAAAGUGGUCCAGACAGUUUUUCGGCCGUGGAGGGUAGUGAAAGGGGCAGAAUCCUACCCCGUCCUGUUUCCCAGGCAAUGAAGCUGCAGGCGGUGAUGGAGAACCUGCACAGACAACAGAGAGCCAAACUGCUGAUGGAGCAGGUGGGGCACUCACAUGGCCCCGCCCCCACAGGGGAGGAGCUUAAGGUGAAUUCCGCCUCUGACACAGAGCAGGCUCAGAUGGCGGCUUUGGCAGCCAUGCGCGCAGUGGCAGCUGGACUUCAGCGGGCCGAGAGCCCCAUGUCUGAACGCAGCAGUGGAGGAGAGGAAGACGAUGAAGAGGAAGGGGAGGAGCAAUACAAUAAUAUGAUGGGGUCUGAAGAGGAAGAGCAGAUAAAGCAGAAAUGGGAUGAAGAUGAUUUUGAGGAUGAGAUGGAGGAGGACUAUGAUGAUGAUGAUCUGGGUGAUGAAGUGCUUCCGUCAGGUCGUGAGGCUGUCACUCCAGGCAGAGGCAUCCUCCUAUUACCCCACCGCCAUUUACACCCACACUCCCAGUUGCUGAAGACUCAGCCCGGUUCUGAAACCGUACCACGAGUGUCAGCUCUCUCCGCUCAUUCAUCCCACGGACCUCUCCCUGGGCAGGACCACGCAGACUGGACCUAUGAAGAGCAGUUCAGACAGCUCUAUGAACUGGACAUUGACCCAAAAAGGAAAGAGUUCCUGGAUGAUCUGUUCAGCUUCAUGCAGAAAAGAGGGACUCCAGUGAACAGGAUACCCAUCAUGGCCAAGCAGGUGCUGGAUCUCUACAUGCUGUACCAGCUGGUGACUGAAAAAGGGGGGCUGGUGGAGGUCAUAAAUAAAAAGUUGUGGAGGGAGAUCACGAAAGGGCUGAACCUGCCGACCUCCAUCACCAGUGCUGCCUUUACUCUCAGAACACAAUAUAUGAAGUAUCUGUAUCCUUAUGAAUGUGACAAGAGAGGCCUCAGCAAUCCCAAUGAACUCCAGGCAGCCAUUGACAGCAACCGGCGUGAGGGACGCAGGCAGGGCUUCGGCAGCUCACUCUUCACCUACUCACCCAACGGAACGCCCACAAUGCUGUCCUCUCCCAAACUGUCCAUGCCUCCUAUCGGCAUCACCCUGCCCAGCAACGGAACCCCUCUCUCAUCCUUACAGAAAGCUAAAAAGGAUGAUGAUGGAGUUCAGGCUCGUCUGCCGGUGUCUCUGGCCAGUCACUCAGUAGCUGCGGCUGCGCAGGCAGCCACCAUUGCACAGGUAGCUGCACUGGAGCAACUGCGGGAUAAGUUGGAGUCGGGGGAACCGCCGGAAAAGAAGAUUGCACUACCAAUGGAGGAACACCAGCGACUCCUGCAGAGAGCCCUGCAGCACAACCUACUGGCCAUGACAGCACAGAUCCCUAUGAACAUACGCAUCAACAAUCAAGAGAGCCGACCAGACUCCGCCUUGAACCUCACCACCAAUGGCCUCAACAGCAUCAGCAUGUCAUUGGAACUUAAUGGAGUCGUCUACACAGGCGUACUCUUCGCCCAGGCUGCUGCACCAACCUCAUCAGGGGUAUCUAAUAAAUCUUCCACAGGCAACAACGGACCUCAAUCGGUUCUCCACACGCCUACCUCAUCCUCCUCCAACAACCAAUCACCUUAGCACCUCAGACUCUCAAACCUCUCAAUGCAAAACCAAAGCCAAAAAACCUCAGUUACUACAGAAGAUAUGCCAAAAACAAUUAUAUAAACCAUGUAGGAAUAACUGAAUCGUUCUCAACUUGAAGUACACUAGCUCAGGUCUUUUAUUUACACUCUUCUUUGUUCAGGAGCCAAAAGAAAUCUAAAAUAACAACAGAGUUUAUUUUAAAGAUAAUGUAUAUGCAAAACCUGUGAAUAAUUUAUUUCUCUUUCUGUGAGCACUCUGUCUGGCAUAAACAAAAUGGCAGUAGAAUUCUGCUUUAUAGGAUUCAAUAGUCUCUGACUGACAAAUCUUUUCAUCUAUAGGAGAAAUCUUAACAAUGGUAUUAUUGUUAGAAUGUGUGAUGCAAAGUGCUUAUGAGUAUGAACUAAUAAUAUAUGAUUGUACAUUUUAUUUUCUUUGUGUAUGUAUCUGCAGUGCCUUGUGAAGUUUUUAUUCUCAGCACAGUUUGAAUGUGCUUUUGUUGACCAGGAAUUCAAAUUCUGGUCUGAAGUUGAUUUUUAUUAUUAGAAUUUUUUUUUACCUUUUUGUUGUGAGUAUUCAACCAUUUGGUUUCCCAUGUCAGACUUCUACACUGCGAUGGCAAUAGUGAUUUUAAAGGGAUAGUUCACGCAAAAUAUAUUCUAAUAUAUAAAUGCUCUGUUGGUCCUCACAAUGCAAGUGAAUGGUGACUAGAACUCAGCCCAAAAAGACAAAGACAGCAUAAAAAUAAUCCAUAUAACUCCAGUGGUUAAAUCCAUGUCUGUGGGUGAGAAUUAAAUCAAUCUUUAAGGCCUUUUUUACUGUAAGUCCACACUUUCACUUUCAGACAUCUACUGGUUAGGGCUGGUUAAGGGUGGAGAUUUUUUGUUUAAAAGGACUUAAAUAUUGAUCUGUUUCUCACCUUCACCAUGUCUGAAGACAUUGAAUUAACCACUGGUGUCAUAUGGAUUACUUUUAUGCUGGCUUGAAGUGCUUUUUUGACCUUGUGAAUUCUGGUCACCAUUCACUUGCAUUGUGAGGACAAUUAGAGCUGAGACAUUCUUCUAAAAAGCCUCUGGAAUGGCAUGAGGGUGAGUAACUGAUGAAAGAACUACCCCUUUUAAGAUCAUUGAUUGAACAUUCAGGUUAAAGGAGCUGUUUUGGUGUGUUCUCUUGUGAGGAAAGAUUUUUACAUUUGUAGAUGUGUACAUGUGUUCUUACGCUUAUAACCUGUGCUUAUGUUUGCCUCUUCAUGACUACUGGCAAACUCUGGGGGCCACAAUGUCCAUGAGCCAAUCAAACGGUGGCUGCAGCAUCACAGAGCUCGAACGGCAUUACUCUGAACUGCCGCAGUCCACUGACUUUUAUCUUGGCCCAUAGUGUCUAUAAAGUAGAUGUGGAAAGAGGUCAGAGGUUGUUCUACUUGUUUGUGUAGAAUUUUAUGGAGCUUUUAAUCAAAUCAACAAUUUUGCAGAAAAUAAAUCUGUUUUACUCAAAACAAGACCGUAUGAUUAUAGGCACACUUUAAGAUUUGAACGAACACGUCUAAAAACCCAAAAGCAGGAAUCGGAGAAAAUUAUGACAUUGGAGUAUUCAAAUUUGAUUAGUAGGAAGUGGUUUCCUGUAUUUAGGAAUAUUAAUCUUAAGCAAUGAGUUUGACCAUUUUAAUAAUCAACUGUUCCUGUCAGCGAGAAGGUCUUUUUCUUGUCGAUGUGUAAUUGUAAUUCAUGAAUUAUGUCCAGCUUCUCUAGCAUUACACUGUAUGCAAGGUCAAAAUGCCUAUUUGGUGGGCAUCUAGGGGUAAAACUUUCUUUCUUUUGAUUGACAAAAACAGAGUUGUUUAGCAACUACUGUCUUGGCUGAUAAGAAGUUGAAUAUUUUAUCUGGCAUUUCAAAUAAUUUCUUACGGGGGAGAGGUGGUGAAGGCUUUUGGAAAUUGGGGUUGUCUGCAGUUUAAAGCCUUUAAUUUUAUCCAAAAGUGCUUCCACCAAUUGUAGAUGCAUCGUUUUGGAUUAACUUGAAGUUAAAUGCCUUGAUCCUUCCUUACAUGGGAUCAAAGUUUUAACCAUUCAGCUAUCACCAUCUCUGUCUUAUUUUAUUCUUUAAACUGAUGUACUCUUGAAACCUCCUUAUUACUUUAUACGAACCACCUUGGUGGUAGCUGUACAGGAAACGGUGUGGAAAAUGUAAUUGUUUUUGUCCGUAUUUUGUAUUGUAUAUUUCAUUACAGUUUUAAAUAUCAGGUAGCAUCAAUAUAGCAUAUCUCAGAUUCUGCCAGUACUGCAGGAAUAUCUCUACCUCAAAGACUCCGCUAUGAACCGUUUGCAAACCCUACCAGCUUGUCACUUUCCACAUCAAAUCUAAGAGUGUGAUGCAGAACUGGAUGUUUUUACUCCAUGGGAAUUUUCCUUGCUGUAUUAGCCAUGAUAUCUUUUAGCCCCUUUUUGCUCAUAACUAAAAAAAACGCAGUUUAAUCUGCCUGCCCACAAUCUGCCAAGAACCUCAACUUUAGAGUGACCGAUUUUUGUCAUGUAACAGUAACUCUUCACUUUGAUGGCCUUUAUGCAGUCAAAGAUGCUGUCGAUUUUUCAUAGAAACAAUACUGUUACCACACAGAGUAUGAAAACAUAACACCUGAAAUUUGAUGAUUAAAGCAGUUUGUAACCAUGAGAGGGAUGUGUUUUACUCUGAUGUAUGCCUUAAUGUAUGCAAACUAAAAAAAGUAAAUUGUGCAUGCUAAUGUUGUCAGGUUUACUGCAAAGACAACCAAAAUUGCUGUACAACAAAACAUACAAACCGUUGAGCUAUUAUUGCAGGAUGCCUUAUGCAUUGAUAAUUCUUGGUGAUCUUUCCUCUGUAGAGCUUAACAUCACACUAAAAGUAACUCUUUCAAUACAUAGACAGCUGUGAAAUUUAGAAUUUACUUUAGAACAUGGCAUUUGUCGUCUUCUCAGGAAAUACACUUCUACCUCCAGUUACACAGAUAUGUUCACCUUAGUGCUGUGGUUACAGUGCAUGUAACAUUUAUUGAGAUUUUUUUUGUAAUGGUGAUACAAAAUGUUUCCUUUGGCAUACUGACUCAAGGUUUUUAUUAUUAAUUGCAGAUGCAAUAAUUAUACUAGUUAUUUCUUGUUCUUUCUAUUUUUGAAAACCUUAAUAUCCCUUUCCUAUGUGUGUGCUUUUGAGUUUUUCUUGUUUGUUUGCAACUAAAUUUAAAAUUGCUUCUAGCACAAGAGACCCAGGAGAGCCUAGAUUUUGAUUACGGCACUGAGCGCCAUACUGAUGCCCCAUUUGAUGCAUGUCCACUCAUGCAUUUAUAAUACUUAAAUUGCGUAGUGUCAACCACAUGACUGCUGCUCUUGUGUGGGUGAAGCACGAAGACAAUCCUAACCCAUUUAAUCUAUUCUUUGUUUGAGUGAAUAAUUAACAAUUAAAAGAAGGAAAAAAAGAAAUAUAUCAAGAUGUAAUUGGAGGGAUGGAACAUCCAAAGAAUGUCGACAUAAGUGCUGUUAUGGCCUGACUAUCAUAGAUUCAAAUGACUCCAUAGCUUAUAUUUUAGAUGAUCACACACCUCAACUGUUACCCUUUCCUCAUCUGAAUUCUGAUAACCCAGUAAAAUUGACACAACAAACCUUUUCACCUCAACACGCAUGCAAAGUAAAUGUUGUUAAACCGUUGAAACUGAUGUUCUUUUUAACCAAAUUUGGAAUAAUUCUAUGCCUUUUAUAUGUUGAAAUGUAAUGGUAAUUCUGGAGCAUCAGUUUGAGAGUGUCUUGCUCUGUGUUUUAGCACAUUAUUGCUCCUUUUCAUUUAAUAAAGGAACUUUAUGUUUGUUGUUUCAGAGUUUGCAAAAUGUACUCUUUAAUGAGCUGCAAAAGUUUACACUUUAUAAUUGUCUAGCAUCAGAUGUUUCAAUGUUUGAUUUCAAAAAUGUGAGAUCUUCAGCUGUAAACAAAGACA